GGUUCCGUCCAGCUGAGCGAGGCGGGCGAGGCCAGAGUGGCGGAGACUCCCUGAGCCUUGGGGCGGGAAAGGGAUCUUCCUGCAGUUCAGUUCUGCAGUCAACUGAGGUCACUGCCAUUUCUCAAGUGAAGAGCCAGGAGGAAGAAAGAAUGGCUGUUGAACUUCUUAAUGCCAUGUACCAGGAUUUGGUGACCUUCAGAGAUGUGGCUGUAGACUUCUCCCAAGAAGAGUGGAAUUGUCUGGAUUCCUCUCAGAGGCAUUUAUACAGUAAUGUGAUGUUGGAAAACUAUAGGAUCUUGGUGUCAUUGGGUCUUUGCUUUUCUAAGCCAAGUGUGAUAUUAUUGUUGGAACAAGGAAAAGAGCCAUGGAUGGUGAAGAGAGAGUUCACAAAUGGCUUGUGUUCAGGCUGGGAAUCUAUGUAUGAGACUAAAGAAUUAAUGCCAAAGCAGGAACUUUAUGAAGAACAAUCAUCCCAGAAUAUAAUGGAAAAACUUACAAGCUUUGGGUUUGAGUACUCCAGUUUGAGAGAAGACUGGAAAUGUGAAGGCCCUCUUGAAAGGCAACCAGGAAAUCAGAAGACAUGUUUCAAGAAAGAGACAAUCCCUUAUGAAGAAGCCUUUAUUGAUGAGAGAAAAGAAGAAUAUAACAAAUCUUGGGGAAGUUUCCAUCAGAACACCCUGCUUCAUACACAACAGAUAAUCCCCAAAGAGGAGAAAGUAUAUAAACAUGAAACAUAUAAGAAAAGCUUAAAAAACAGUUUGGUGGGUACUAAACCCAAGAGUGUCUAUGCAGAGAAGAAAAUUUUGAAAUGUAAUGAUUGUGAAAAAGUCUUUAGCCAGAGCUCAUCCCUUACUCUUCAUCAAAGAAUUCAUACUGGAGAGAAACCGUAUAAAUGUGUGGAAUGUGGGAAAGCCUUCAGUCAGAGAUCAAACCUUGUUCAACAUCACCGGAUCCAUACUGGAGAAAAACCCUAUGAAUGCAAGGAAUGUAGGAAAGCCUUCAGCCAGAAUGCACAUCUAGUUCAACAUCUGAGAGUUCAUACUGGAGAAAAACCUUAUGAAUGUAAGGUAUGUAGGAAAGCCUUCAGCCAGUUUGCCUAUCUUGCUCAACAUCAGAGAGUUCACACCGGAGAGAAACCUUAUGAAUGUAUUGAAUGUGGGAAAGCAUUUAGCAAUAGAUCAUCCAUUGCUCAACACCAGAGAGUUCAUACUGGAGAGAAACCUUAUGAAUGUAAUGUUUGUGGGAAAGCAUUUAGCCUUCGUGCAUACCUUACUGUACAUCAGAGAAUACAUACUGGAGAAAGACCUUAUGAAUGUAAGGAAUGUGGGAAAGCCUUCAGCCAGAAUUCACACCUUGCUCAACAUCAGAGAAUUCAUACAGGAGAAAAACCUUAUAAAUGUCAGGAAUGUAGGAAAGCAUUCAGCCAGAUUGCCUACCUUGCUCAACAUCAAAGAGUUCAUACUGGAGAGAAACCCUAUGAGUGUAUUAAAUGUGGGAAGGCUUUCAGCAAUGACUCAUCCCUUACUCAACAUCAGAGAGUUCAUACUGGAGAAAAACCUUAUGAAUGUAAUGUUUGUGGAAAGGCUUUUAGUUACUGUGGAUCCCUUGCCCAACAUCAAAGAAUUCAUACUGGAGAGAGACCCUAUGAAUGUAAAGAAUGCAAGAAAACCUUCAGGCAACAUGCACACCUUGCUCAUCAUCAGAGAAUUCACAUUGGGGAAUCCCUUUCACCACCCAAUCCAACCAAUCACCAAGUCUUAUAAAUUCAAUCUCCUAAAUAAUUCUGGAACUUUUACUCCUUAUUUUUAAUAUUGUUACCUUAAGUCUAAGAUUCAUCUCACGUAGAUCAGUGUAACAGCUUUCUAAUGGGCCUUCUGGUAUUCUUUUUUUUGCCACCCUUAAAUCCAUUUCCCAUAAUGCACCCAAACUGAAGUUUUAAAGUUUAAGAAUUAACAUAUCUCUAGUUAAAACUGUUUUUUGCAGGGCUGGAGUUGUGGCUCAGGGGUAGAGUA